AUGGCGGCCUCGAACCUGUCGAGGGACGUGGAUGGCCACGGUGACAACUCCGGUGGCACUUCGCUUCCUCCUCUGCCUCGGCCUGAUAACGGAGACAAUGUCCGCCCAGUCCCAUUGUGGGAAAUAGAAUUCUGCCGUAACGCUUACGACAUUCCCUGGGAGACCUUCUGCGAAAACAAGCAAUUUAUUGGAUUAUACAGAAACGUCAUGGACUGGGAUGAUUCAGAAGCGUUCAAGAAUUUCGAGGAGGCAAAGGAAAGGUUCAGGGCAAAAUAUUUUGGCGAAGGUGGACCAAACAACAGCAACAAUAACUUCCAUGGAGGUGGAUCAUCUAGCAAUUGGCACCAGCAGGGGGUGGAUCCAGGCCACACGUCAUCCGGGACUGGAAGGAUGCUGAUCGGCGGUGGCACGAUGUGGAUGAGUGGCGCCUUCACUGGCGGUGCCAUGAAGUGGAAUGGUGGUGGUGGCAGAGGCAAUGGCACUGGCAGGAACUGGAAUGUUGGCAGUGGCGGCAGCGGCAAUGGCAAUGACAAUGGCAGUGGCAGGAACCGGAAUGGUGGCGGUGGCAGUAGCAGCAAUUGGAAUUGUUUCGGCCGCGGCAAUCAGAGGAAGCAGCACGAGGGGCAACACCAGCUGAGGAACGGCGGUGGCAUCCAGAGGAACCAGGAGGAGGGGCGGCACCAGAUGAGGAGCGGCGGCCAGCAGCAGCAGGGCCAGGGGAGGAUGAAGAUGGAGUGGCGUCUGGUGCAGCACAACAGGGCUCCCAAAGAUGACCCUGCCGCUUGA